UAGUAUAAAGGAUAUUGAUCGAAUGUGGCAAAAAUGGCGCCGGAGAGGGUGAACGCACUGGGAUUUGUUCUGGUUGCUCUUCAAUUUUGUAAUUUACAAGAGGCAAAGACUUUUACAUUUCCCGAAUAUCCUUAUAAAGAAACUUCUAAAAAUGAAUUGUUAUUCAGAGAAUUUGAGCAGGCUUGUGAAGAAAGUGGAACUUGCAAAAGUGUUUCACAACAAAGAAGUGCUGUAGCAAAAAUACGAUGUAUUCGAGAAUGCGUAUCGCCUUCAUGUUACAAAGAAAUUUAUCUAUUUGACCAAUUAGAAGAAGGAGAGAUAGACGUAAGACUGAAUUCCUUUAAAGGAUGUUUUAUGCAACGUAGUGGACGUCCUCGUAAGAAAUAAUCAAUUUUAUAUAAAAAAAAAAGAAAACAAACAAACAGAAAAAAAACCAAUUCCAUUUGUUAAAA